AUGUCAAAAUCAGCACCAAACCCGAAAUCACGCAUCCUGAUCACGGAUUCAUCUUCCGCCAUCUCGAAAAAGCUGCGUGUGGCUCUCACUGACAGCAUCGAAGGCGUGACAUACGACCCCUCGACUCGUCCUGGAGUAUCAAAUCUGAUCGAAAUUGCUUUCAACCUCGAUGGCUCGAAUCACGGUGCGGCCAGUCCUGCAGAGUAUGCUAAGGAGUUUGAGGGACUAAGUCUCAAGGCGUUGAAGGAUAAGGUUGCUGAAGUAGUGGAUGGACACCUGACGCCUAUUCGUACGAGGUUCGAGGAGAUCGUUGGCGGUGAUGGAAAGAUCAUCGAAGAGGCAGCGCGGAUUGGCGCUGAAAAGGCGAGAAAAUCGGCCGAGUCGACCAUGCAUGCGGUCAAGCACGCAGUCGGCUUCUAG